UCAAUAAGAGACUGAUUUUCGGUGGAUUUUCGUUUGCGCGGGUGAGGAUUAAUUAAAAUUGAAAUUCUACAGAAAUAUUAUGUGCGUGUGAUGUCAGUGAAUUGUGUGUUUUUGUGAUAAUGUUUUACGUCACUGGACUGAGAAGCAGCUUCAUAUCUUCAGUGGAUUUAUAAGGACAUUUAGUUGCUUACGAAGCGGGACCAAGAUGCUGUUGAAGACCACAUCCGCGCAGCCCGGCGCCAGUAAGAUGCGAGAGCGGCGACGCGCGCACCACCACACCGCCGUUCUGCUGACCGCCUGCCUCUUCUUCCUCUCUCAAGCCGACGCUGCUGAUCCGCCCGAGAUCACGAUACGCCCGCGCAACCUGCAGGUGCGUGCGAAUGGAAUUGCCGCCUUCUACUGCGCGGCGAGAGGGGACCCAAUACCCAACAUUCAGUGGAGAAAGAACGGAAAACGAGUUUCUAGCAUGCAGUCCCGCUACCAAGUCUCAGGCAUGGAGUCAGCAGCCGGGCUGAACGCCAACGGGGCGGUACUCCGCAUCGAGCCGGUUAGAGCCCAGCGUGACGACGCCACGUACGAGUGUGUUGCUGAGAAUGGAGUGGGGGACGCUGUCACUGCGGUUGCCACUCUUACUGUCUUUGAAGCGGACAAAGCACCACCCGGUUUCCCGUCCAUUGCGGCACCACCUACCACAAUGGUGGUAGAAGUUGGACACACGGCUACCCUGCCUUGCCAGGCCAGCGGGAGUCCGUCGCCACGCAUCCGCUGGCUAUGGAACUCUUUGCCGUUGGACGUCGCGUCCAACCCCAGAUACGCGUUGCUGAAUGACAAGAUGCAUGGUACAUUACAAAUAGUGAAGAGCGAGGAGGAAGACCAAGGAAAGUUUGAAUGCGUCGCCGAGAACGCCAUCGGCACCGAGUUUUCUAAGCCAACUUCUUUAUACGUCAAAGUUCGCAGAGUAGCGCCGCAGUUUUCGAUACCACCACCUCCGCGGACAGAAGUAAUGCUGGGCAGCAAUCUAACACUUAAGUGUGUUGCUUUUGGAUCUCCGAUGCCAACUGUUAAAUGGAAGAAAGGUUUGACGAAAUGGCUGACUCCAGAAGACAACCCACCGCUAGGGCUCAACACACUGAAGUUAGAAGACAUCAGGGAAUCCGCAAACUACACUUGCGAGGCAGCGAGUGUGUUAGGUGUUAUAGAAACCACGGCCGAAGUUAAAGUCCAGUCGCUACCGGGACCACCAACUGAAGUGAGAGCAUCAGAAAUCACAGCCACCACAGUAAGAUUGGCGUGGACGUACAAUGGACUUGAGGAACCCCAGUACUAUGUUAUUCAAUACAAGCCAAAAUACGCGAAUCAGGCAUUCAGUGAGAUAUCGGGAGUCAUCACGCAGUACUACUCGGUUACAAAUCUUUCGCCUUACACUGAGUAUGAAAUGUAUGUGAUCGCAGUCAACAACAUUGGCAGGGGGCCACCAUCAACUCCUGAGGUCAUCACCACUGGCGAAACUGUGGAUUCACUAUAUGGAGGUGCCAAACCCGGUUCAGCCCCUCGAAAUGUACAAGUUCGUCCAUUAAGUUCUAGUACGAUGGUGAUUCAAUGGGAUGAACCAGAAACGCCUAAUGGUCAAGUAACGGGAUACAAAAUUUACUAUACGUCAGACCCGUCUCAGUCGUUGCAGUCGUGGCAUUCUCAAAUGAUGGACAACAACCACCUAACAACCAUCAGCGAGCUAACCCCCCACACAGUGUACACGAUAAGGGUUCAAGCGUUCACCUCAGUGGGUCCAGGCCCUAUAUCUGCGCCAGUGCAAGUCAAAACACAACAAGGUGUGCCGUCCCAACCAUCAAAUCUGGUGGCAGUUGAAGCGGGAGAGACUUCGGUUACGCUCAAUUGGAAAAGACCUGCUCAUGCAGGAGACAACAUCGUAUCAUACGAGUUGUAUUGGAAUGACACUUAUGCCAAGGAGCACCAUAGAAAGCGGAUACCAAUCACGGAAUCAUACACCCUCAACGGCUUGUACCCGAAUACGCUGUACUACAUCUGGCUGGCGGCGAGGUCGCAACGCGGUGAAGGGGCCACCACACCACCCAUCGCAGUACGCACCAAGCAAUACGUUCCCGGAGCGCCGCCAAUGAAUGUGACUGCUGCUGCGGUAUCUCCUACCGCUAUAAGAGUGUCGUGGCAGCCGCCGCCCGCCGAACGGGCUAACGGAAGGAUCGCCUACUACAAACUACUUUGCGUGGAAAGUGGGAGGGGGGACUCUGAGGCGACGGUGGUGAAACUAAACCAGACGACCUUCGUACUCGACGAGCUGCGGCGCUGGACGGAAUACCGCAUCUGGGUGCUCGCCGGAACCAGCGUUGGCGACGGGCCUUCCUCCUACCCUGUCACCGUUCGCACUCACGAAGACGUGCCCGGAGAGCCGCAAGACGUGAAAGUUAAUUCAAUAAACUCUACGUCAAUCCACGUUACGUGGAAACCGCCCCAGGAGAAAGAGAAGAAUGGAAUUAUUAGGGGAUACCAUGUUCACGUUCAGGAACUCCGAGAAGAGGGAAAAGGUUUGCUCAAUGAUCCAAUGCGCUUCAACGUGAUGGAUGAUACGACACUCGAGUUAAAUGUAUCCGGCUUGCAACCAGACACCCGGUAUAGCGUGCAAGUGGCGGCUCUCACAAGAAAAGGAGAUGGGGAUCGAAGUCCACCCGUAACUGUUAAAACUCCUGGUGGAGUUCCAAACCGACCCACUGUUAAUUUAAAAAUUUUGGAACGUGAUCCGAUAGUAUCAAUUGAAAUAGAAUGGGCGAAACCUGCUCAAACUUAUGGUGAUCUUUUAGGCUAUAGAUUGAGAUACGGCAUCAAAGAUCAACCACUAGAAGAAGUUAAUUUUGCCGGAACCAAGACUAACUCGCACAGGAUUAAUGAUUUAGAGAGGGGAGUCCAAUAUGAGUUUAGAGUAGCCGGAAGGAAUCAGAUUGGGAUAGGUCAGGAAACGAUCAAAUAUUGGCUUACCCCUGAAGGUGCUCCGAAAGGACCUCCUACUAAUGUAACCUAUCAUUUCCAAGCUCCGGAUGUUAUUAGUGUUACGUGGGAAGCACCAAUAAGAGCCGACCGAAGUGGCCAAAUUAAAAAAUAUGACGUCCAGUUUUAUAAAAGAGGAGACCAAUCGUCUCUACUUGAAAAAACCACUGAACACACAAAAGCUGUGUUUACUGGCUUAGAAGAAGAUGCUCAUUAUGUGUUCAAAGUUAGAGCUUAUACGGAUCAAGGUGCAGGCCCAUACAGUAAAGAUAUAACAGCUCAUACUGAAAGGGACAUUGGUAGAGCACCCAUGUCAGUCAAAGCCGUUGCAACUUCAGAAUCCGGUGUGGAAGUAUGGUGGGAGCCAGUUCCGUCUAGAAAGAAGAUAAUCGGUUAUGUUAUAUUUUUCACUAUGACUCCAGUUGAGGAUUUAGAUGAAUGGCAACAGAAAACUGUUCAUGUAACACAUUCUGCUGAUUUGGAAAACCUGGAAAAGUUUGCCGAAUACGCAAUUGCCGUAGCAGCAAAGACAGCAGAAGGUUUAGGUAGGUUGUCGGAAAAGGUAACUGUUAAAGUAAAGCCAGAAGAAGUGCCUUUACAUCUUAGAGCUCAAGAUGUAUCCACUCAUUCCAUGACACUAUCGUGGUCUCCGCCAUUACGUUUAAAUCCAGUUAGCUAUAAGAUUUCGUAUAAUGCAAUUAAAGAAUUUGUUGAUUCUCUUGGAAUGACACAAACGCAAGAAAUUCCGAAGAGAGAUAUUGUAGUUAAACAUGAUAGAACUUCACACUCUAUAAAUGAUUUAUCGCCAUUUACUACGUACAAUGUAAAUAUAAGUGCCAUACCUAAUGAUAAUUCGUACAGGCCACCUACUACGAUAACGGUAACCACUCAAAUGGCUGCACCUAAGCCAAUGGUUAAACCAGACUUUUACGGUGUUGUCGAUAAUGAAAUACUCGUGAUAUUACCUCAAGCGUCUGAGGAAUACGGACCUAUAUCACAUUAUUAUUUAGUUGUUGUACCUGAUGACAAAUCGCAUAACCACAAAAACCCAGACCAGUUCCUAACCGACGAUUUAAUCAAAAAUAAUGCAAGAACCGAUGAUGAAAAUGCUCCUUACAUUGCUGCCAAGUUUUUGCAAAGAAAUAUUCUCUACACGUUUCACCUCGGCAAUGACGAAAUGUAUGAAGGAUUUCUCAAUAGAAAGUUAAAUCUUAAUAAAAAAUACAGAGUUUUCGUAAGAGCUGUCGUUGAUACUCCUCAAAAACAUUUAUAUACAUCGAGCCCAUUUUCGGAAUACCUAUCACUAGAUAUGCGUGAAGCUCCGCCAGGUGAAGAACCAAGACGACCUGAUCCGAAAGAUAUUAAUGGAGACCCUGAAAUAAGGAUAGAAGAGAACAGAAAAGAGGCUGGAAUGGUGUGGGUUAUUGGUCCUAUAAUAGCUGCGUUGAUGCUGUCUUUAUGUUUAGUAUUGUUAUUCAUUGUUAAAAGAAGAAGACAACCUUGCAAAACACCUGAUCAAGCGGCUGUUACACGACCUUUAAUGUCUGCUGACAUAGGAUUUGGUGCGCCUUCAGAUCCAGUUGAAAUGAGACGAUUAAACUUCCAAACACCAGCUAUGAUCUCGCAUCCACCAAUCCCAAUAUCAGAACUAUCUGAGCACAUUGAUAGGCUAAAAGCUAAUGAUAACCUCAAAUUCUCGCAGGAGUAUGAGAGUAUAGAACCCGGACAGCAAUUUACAUGGGAUCACUCUAAUAUGGAAGUCAAUAAACCUAAAAACCGCUAUGCGAAUGUUAUUGCCUAUGAUCAUAGCCGCGUCAUUCUACAACCGAUAGAUGGAAUUCUUGGAAGCGACUACAUAAAUGCCAACUAUUGUGAUGGUUAUAGGAAACACAAUGCCUACGUCGCGACUCAAGGGCCACUUCAAGAAACUUUCGCUGAUUUCUGGCGUAUGUGCUGGGAACUACGAACGUCUACGAUAGUAAUGAUGACGAAAUUAGAAGAGCGAACGCGGAUUAAGUGUGACCAGUACUGGCCCAGCCGAGGCAGCGAAUCGUAUGGCAUGAUGACGGUAACCAUUGCAGAAGUUCAGGAACUUGCCACUUAUUGUAUUAGAACAUUCCAAGUGACUAGAAAUGGGGGUGCUGAGCGUCGUGAAAUCAAACAACUCCAAUUCACUGCAUGGCCCGAUCAUGGGGUACCGGAUCAUCCGGCACCUUUCUUGCAAUUUUUACGUCGCGUCCGUGCAUUGAACCCACCCGAUGCUGGUCCUUUAGUUGUGCAUUGCUCUGCGGGAGUCGGGCGUACAGGAUGCUUUAUUGUUAUCGACUCCAUGCUUGAAAGAGCCCGACACGAACGAACUGUAGACAUAUACGGCCACGUUACGUGUUUACGAGCCCAACGAAACUAUAUGGUGCAAACUGAAGACCAAUAUAUUUUUAUACAUGAUGCCUUACUCGAAGCUGUUAUUUGUGGAGAUACGGAAGUUCCGGCUCGUAAUUUGCAUUCUCAUAUUCAGAAGCUAAUGCGAAUCGAUACGAUUGAGAAUAUAACUGGAAUGGAAUUGGAAUUCAAAAAACUUGCUAAUAUGAAAGCCGAUUCUAGCCGAUUUGUGUCCGCUAGCUUGCCAUGUAAUAAACACAAGAAUAGACUGGUUCAUAUCUUGCCAUACGAGUCUGCCAGAGUCUGUUUGACUCCACGGGAUAGUUCCGACUAUAUUAAUGCCUCGUUCGUCGAUGGAUACAGAUAUAGGGCUGCUUAUAUUGCUACUCAAGGUCCCUUGCCUGAUACUACGGACGACUUCUGGCGAAUGCUUUGGGAGCACAACUCCACUAUUAUCGUUAUGCUUACAAAAUUGAAAGAGAUGGGCAGGGAAAAGUGCCACCAAUAUUGGCCAUCAGAUCGCUCUGUGAGAUACCAAUGUUUUGUUGUAGACCCUAUCGCCGAGUAUAACAUGCCCCAAUACAUCUUGAGGGAAUUCAAGGUAACUGACGCUCGCGACGGGGCUUCAAGGACGGUCCGUCAGUUCCAAUUCACAGACUGGCCGGAGCAAGGUGUGCCCAAGAGCGGCGAAGGUUUUAUCGACUUCCUUGGCCAGGUGCACAAGACUAAAGAACAAUUUGGACAAGAUGGGCCCAUCACUGUUCACUGCAGUGCUGGUGUCGGCCGCACGGGCGUAUUCAUAACGCUGUCGACGGUACUCGAGCGCAUGCAGUACGAGGGCGUGGUGGACGUGUUCCAAACCGUACGUACGCUGCGCACGCAACGCCCCGCCAUGGUACAAACUGAGGACCAGUACGAAUUCUGCUACCGCGCUGCGCUGGAGUACCUUGGAUCGUUCGACCACUACGCCAACUGACGCUGAGACAUACUCGUCUAAACUAACCCGUAGCAAGCCCUGCCGUGUUAGCUUACUACCUUAGACAAAAAAAUAUCUAUGCUCUUUAAUAACGUUGUUAAUCUAUGUAUUUGUAACAGACCUUCGAAUUUCAAAUUUAAAAAGGUAAUUCUGCAACCACAAAUCGCAUUUGUCUGUGGCUGCAUAGUAUAAUGAAAAAACCCU